AUGGCCCUCCUCCCAUCUACUCCUUCUACACCCCCCCUCUCAUCACAAAUCACAACUCACACCGCCAGAGCAGCUUCCAACACCGUACAUCCAUGCCUUGCCAAAGCCGCCAAGCGCUACCAACACAUCGUCCUCCACCGCCGGAUCCUCUCCGCCGGCUGCUUCUCCGCUGCUUCUACCCCGCCGCCCGCGAGCGGAGUCGGCUCAUCUGCGAGUGCUGGCUCAUCUGCUGCUGCCGCCGCCGCCGGCUCGGCCGAGCAAGUCCCGGCCGACCGCGAGUCGCAAUACCUCUGCCCAGGCACCGGUUGCAACACCAACCUCUUCUUGAAGGAAAAUAUCCACAAAGGCAGGGCCGACUACCCCGCCUGCAGAACUUUAGCGCCGGCACCUGCGCGUGCACCGGCUAUUUGA